UACAAUGAAAUUGGAAAUGCGGCCCCACCACUUGGUGUAUCUUAAUUUGCCAUGGUGUAAAAUAUACCUGUGGUUGCAAAUUCAGUUGUUACUGAUGUGUGUCAGAUAAAACACCUACAGAAUGAGUGAUAACAAUAAGAAAAUGGGUUUGGACAAUCCGGCUUUCGAGUCCGGUAAUGAGGUCUUUACGAAGACCAAUGGAACGGUUGAAGACCCGGAAAACAAGGGCGACGAGCGCGAAAGGGCGCAAUGGGGCAACGGGCUCGAGUUCCUCAUGUCUUGUGUGGCAAUGUCAGUGGGUUUGGGCAACAUUUGGCGAUUUCCCUUCACAGCGUACGAAAAUGGCGGAGGCGCUUUCCUCAUCCCUUACAUAAUAAUCCUCACAUUAAUCGGACGCCCUUUAUACUACAUGGAAAUGUCCCUCGGACAGUUUUCCAACCGUGGCAACAUCAGAUUUUUCAAAUCGCUAAGUCCCUACCUUAAAGGAGUCGGGUAUGCACAAGUGAUCGGAGCUGGUUUUGUGGCAACUUAUUACUGUUGCCUUAUGGCAAUAACGUUAUUUUAUUUGGUCAAUUCAUUCACCGGGGAUUUACCCUGGAGUACGUGUAAAGAGGAAUGGUUGGCAGACCUGGACAAGGAGCACAAACAAUGCGUCGAUGCUAUUGCCACCACUAGUAACAAUACGAAAGCGAAUUAUACUGCAGUGAGCUCGUCCGAAGUGUAUUUCACAAAAGAAGUUUUGAAAGAAAUCACGGACAUUAGCGACGGUAUUGGCACGCCUGAGUGGCGUUUAACCCUCUGUUUGCUCGCCUCCUGGAUUAUCACAUUCCUCGUAUCAGUCAAAGGGGUCCAGAGCUCGGGGAAAGCCUCAUAUUUCCUCGCCCUCUUCCCUUACGUCAUUAUGAUAACUCUAUUAAUUCGAGCCGCCACGCUAGAGGGCGCCGCUGACGGAAUGUACUAUUUUAUCAAAACUGAUUGGGCGAAACUCGCCGAAGCUGACGUGUGGUACGCCGCAGUCACUCAGUGUUUUUUCUCACUGAAUGUUGGUUUCGGCUCAAUUAUCAUGUUCGCAUCUUAUAAUAAUUUCGAACAUAAUAUAAACAGGGAUGCGCUCAUUGUUACCACCCUUGACACGUUCACGUCCCUGCUGUCGGGAGCCACAAUUUUCGGUUUUUUAGGCAACCUGGCACACAAUAUGGGGGUAACCCCCGAUUUGGUUAUAAAGUCGGGGGGCACAGGCCUUGCGUUUAUUUCCUACCCUGACGCUAUUGCCAAAAUGGAGGCCGUGCCGUGGCUUUUCGCCAUACUUUUCUUUUUCAUGUUGUUUGUUUUGGGGGUUGGUAGUCUUGUGGCACUCCAUGGGACUGUAAAUACAGUGGUGCAGGACCUUUUCCCCAAACUGAAAAGUUGGCAAGUGUCGGCAUACACGGCCAGUGGUGGUUUUCUGAUUGGUUUAAUGUACGUCACUCCGGGUGGCCAAUUUAUGUUGAAUCUGGUGGAUCACUACGCUGGGACUUUUCUCAUUUUUGUGUUUGCGGUGCUGGAAGUGGCCGCAGUGGCGUGGGUUUACGGACUUGAGAACUUCUGUCUGGACUUGGAGUUUAUGUCGAAGAAAAAAGUCAGUGUUUACUGGAGAAUGACAUGGGGGCUGAUAACCCCAGCGCUUUUGUUCAUAAUUUUUGUUUACUUUUGCGUGCGAAACGAAAGAUUAUCGUACGCUUCGUAUCCUUACCCGGAUGGAGUGUUAGCGUUCGGUUGGGCUAUUUUGGGCGUUUCGGUGGCUCAAUUCAUCAUGUGGAUAGUUUACUACAUUUACAAGAACCGUGAUUAUGGAUUCCCUGAAAUGGUAAAUAAGACCUUCGGGCAUGAAAACUGGGGUCCCGUUGGUCAGACCCGCCGCGAAAAUUGGAAAAAAUUCAAAGAGGACGCUUUACAAAAGCGCCGAAAUCAAAAUAAGUCCUUCUCCCGGAAAUAUUUGGAUGCUCUCAUCGGUCGCCAAUAACGUUUUUAUUAAAGUUCCUCACAAAUAAAUUUCGUAUUUUGUGACAGAGUUUGAUGUUCUCAAACGCGAGUUAUUGUACUGUGAUAUUACGCAAUAUACAUUUUUAUUUUAUCAGAUAAUGACUACAUUACACGCUAGUCGUAAAAUGUUAUAGCUUUUUACAAGCUAUAUGAUGUAUUUAAUUGAUAAGAAUAAAACUAAACCAGGCAAAAA